AUGUCGGAGGUAAACAUGGAGCAAGAGAAAGCUCCGGCUUAUGACCGGAAGGAUGUCGACGACAUCCCUCAGCAUGACGUUGAAGCGGGGGAGACCAAAGACGCCCCUCUACAACGACAUCUCCAAAGUCGUCACAUGCAGAUGAUUGCCAUUGGGGGUGCUAUUGGUGCUGGUCUCUUUGUCAGUACUGGAGAGUCUCUGAAUACAGGUGGUCCAGGAGCCCUGCUCAUUUGCUAUCUCAUCGUUGGUGUCAUGCUUCUGCAGACAAUGUGGGCGCUCGGAGAACUGGCAGUCAUGUACCCGGUCAAUGGGGCCUAUUUCAACUAUGCCCUGCGAUUUCUUGAUCCGUCCUGGGCAUUCGCUAUGGGCUGGGAUUAUGCCAUUAACUGGCUAGUCAUUCUACCCUUUGAAAUUACCGCGGCGGGAAUCACCAUUCAAUACUGGCGCCAGGACUUGAACAUUGGUAUAUGGAUCGCGGUCUUCCUCAGUGUCCUUUCGGUCAUUCAGAUAUUCGGUGUACGCGGCUAUGGUGAAGUGGAGUUCAUUCUUAGUAUCAUCAAGGUCACUGCUUUGGUAGGAUGGAUCAUUCUGGCUAUCGUGAUUGACUGCGGUGGUGCUCCCGUGGGUGGCUAUAUUGGUGGGAGAUACUGGCACAAUCCUGGCGCCUUCACCGAUUUCCGAGGAUUUUGCUCCGUAUUCACCACAGCAGCUUUUGCUUUUGGAGGAACUGAAAUGUCUGGCCUAGCUGCCGCUGAAUCUGCCAAUCCCGCCAAGUCGCUCCCCAAGGCGUGCAGACAGGUAUUCUGGCGGAUUAUGAUUUUCUAUGUCCUGGGCACUCUGAUGGUGGGUUUGAUUGUUCCGCACAAUGCUCCCUACCUAUUGAAGGCCUCUGGUUCCAACACUUCCUAUUCACCAUUCGUCGUUUCCAUUCAAAAUGCCGGUAUCAGUGGUCUGCCAUCCGUCAUGAACGCUGUUAUCACCAUCUCCGUGAUCAGUGUUGCCAACUCGGCCACUUUUGGAUCCACGCGCACAAUCCAGGCCAUGGCUGCCGAAGGAAUGGCCCCCAAGUUCUUCUCCUAUAUAGACAAGGCUGGUCGACCCAUCUGGUGUGUCUUGCUUCAAAUUGCGUUUGGCUUCCUAGCCUUCAUCAAUGAAGCCUCUACCGGUAGUCAAAUUUUCACGUGGCUUCUUGCACUGUCGGGGAUUUCCAAUUUCUUCGUCUGGGGAACCAUCUGCCUUGUCCACAUUCGCUUCCGUGCCGCCUGGAAGCACAAUGGCCGUAGCACCGAUGAGCUGGCGUACGUCGCUCCCUGGGGUAUCUACGGCAGUUAUCUUGGUCUGAGUCUGAAUAUCCUCUGUCUGGUUGCAGAAUUCUAUGUCUCGGUCGCACCAAAGAAUGCCGAAGCUUUCUUUGAGAAUUACCUUGCCGCGCCUAUUGUCAUUCUUUUAUACGUGGGAUGGAAGACCUAUAGUGAAUCGACUUCGAACCCUACCGUCGAGAAGCGUGGAUGGAAGCUGUGGAGGUCCCUCGAGGAGAUUGAUGUUUUCAGUGGCAUACGAGACACUGCCCUCGACGUUGACCUGGAGCCGCGUGUGAAGUAUGACAGCUGGGUUGACUGGCUUAAAGCCCUCCCCAUGACACUACUUCGCUCGAUCAUUUAG